UCCGGUAGGUGGCGACAAAAACCUUGAUUACGUCUGUGCGUGCACACUGAUUGGUUGUUGAGAAGUUCGUUGAAUGAAGGGGGCGGUGUUUUACUCUCCGAGCCAUAUAAAAUCCCACGGUUGUAUUUUUGGACACGUCCUGAUCAGUCCAUGGACUGUAAAGUUUGAAUGUUUGGUUUUUCCUGUAAAGUGUAAGUGCAUCGAUAGAUUAAACUACUACAGGACAACAUACAGAGAAAUAAAAAUGCUUUGCCAUAUAACGCGACCGGACUCGAUGGUGAUGGAGGUGGAUGUUGAUUCGAAGGCGAAUGGAGAGGACUGUUUACACAAGGUCUGUCGGAAACUGGGAAUAAUAGAGGUGGAUUACUUUGGGCUUCAGUUCUGUGGAAGCAAAGGGGAAAGUUUGUGGUUGAAUCUCAGGAACAGGAUCUCCCAACAGAUGGAUAACCUGUCUCCCUGCAGACUGAAGCUCAGAGUCAAGUUCUUUGUGGAACCCCAUCUGACCCUGCAAGAACAGACAAGACAUAUGUUCUUCCUGCACAUAAAGGAGGAGCUGGACAGUGGCAGCCUGCAGAUGGAGGCUGAGCAGGCCAAGGGGCUGUGUGCCCUAAUAGCCCAGGCUGAGUACGGAGACUACAACCAGAACACAGCCAAGUACUGCUCUAGCCAGAUCUUCAGACAGGAGCCUGACCUGGCAACCAUCAACAGCAUCCAGGAGAAGCACCGCGAGCUAGAGGGUCUGAGCCAGGCGUCAGCAGAGUACCAGGCCCUACAGCUGGUGUCCUCCCUGGAGAACUACGGGGUGGAGUGGCACUGGGCCAGGGACUCAGAGGGACAGAGGCUGGCUAUAGGGGUCGGCCCUGAAGGGGUAUCUAUCUGUCAGGAGGACUUCACCCUCACCAACAGGAUCAUUUAUCCCAUCAUCCAAAUGGCCACCCAGUCAGGGAAGAAUGUGUACAUGACCAUCACUAAGGACAGUGGUGAGGAUGUGGCCCUGCUGUUUAAGAUGACAAGCACCAGAGCUGCCAGCGGCCUGUACCGGGCCAUCACAGAGACCCACGCCUUCUACAGGUGUGACACGGUGACGAACGACGUGAUGAUGCAGUAUAGCCGUGACUUCAAGGGUCACCUGGCGUCUCUCUUCCUCAACGAGCAUCGCCUGGGCAAGAAGUAUGUCUUCGACAUCCGACGCACCUCCAAGGAGGUCGACCACUGCCGCAGGGCGCUCUACAACGCCGGCAUGGCAAGGGACUGUGUGUCCGGCGAGCAGAGCCCGUCGCGGUCCCCUGGGGUGGGGGAAGGAGGCUGUGAGGGGUGCCAGAGGAGCCGGGUUCUGGAGGAGAAGCUGCAGCAGCUUCAGGAUGCUCUGCUGUGUAUGCUGUGCUGUGAAGAGGAGAUGGACGCUGCCUUCUGCCCCUGUGGACACAUGGUGUGCUGCCACAACUGUGCCGUCCAGCUAGAGGUGUGUCCGGUGUGUCGGUCAGAGGUGGACCAUGUCCAGCACGUCUACCUGCCCACCUGUGCCAACCUGCUGUCCCUGGCAGUGAGCAGUGCUGCCCCCUUCAAUAUUCCCAGAGACCUGGCCACUCACCUCUGUUCCUCCAGAGAGUUCUACACCAGCACAGACCAGAUCUGUCACACGUAGAUUUACUUCCAAAUAGCUAUCAUUGCUAUCAUUGCUAGCGUUAGCUAGCUAAAAAUCUGGAGGUCUCCCCUCAAUCUUAGCUAGCUGGCUAACGUUAGCUAGCUAAAAUCUGUAGGUCUCCCCUCAAUUUUAGCUAGCUGGCUAACGUUAUACUGCAUCUAAAGUUAAUCCGGCGACAUCAAAAUGAUGAAAAAAGGUUUUCCUACUAAUUAUUUGCCGCCUUUAGAAAUGUCAUCGUGUUUUCAAGCCACAGUAAUAAACUUUAGACUGAAUAUUCAUCAGCCCCCAAUGAGGAUGCAUUGAGUAGAAUGUUCAGUUGGGCAUCAGUCCUAAAACAAACCUUCAAACAAUAUUGUGAAGCAACGUGCAAACCAUAAAUACCAGGGGUAGUGCUGUAGUAGUAUACCAGUAGUAGUGCUGUAGUAGUAUACCAGUAGUAGUGCUGUAGUAGUUGUAUACCAGUAGUAGUGCUGUAGUAGUAUACCAGUAGUAGUGCUGCAGUAG